CACGCUAAAAACUUGCUAGUAAUAAUUUCUAGCAUUACUAUAAUCAACAUGAAAACAAACAUACUCUAAAAAGACACAAACUGGAUAAUCAUGCCACGAUAACAUAGUAGUAGACUUUGUCUCAAUCUCAAAUGACGAAUCCUCCAUUACACUAAUUGUUGAUUCUCUCUUAGCACAACUAGCAAUCACCAUUAAUCACCAUUCAGAAAUCUUCUGUUAUUGUUUGUUUGUAAAUUGAUUGUUUGUUUUAGGUUUAGUCUUUUCCAUCAAUCAAUUGCACUUUUGUUGAAUCAAUAACUAUGGCGUCGGAGGUGAAUUCUUCAGAGUUUCCGGAAGAUUUGGAAUACCUUUUUGGCUUCGGAAACAGCUUCUCGUCGGAAGCAAUUGUCGGAGCUCUUCCUCAAGGGCAGAACAGUCCCCUUGUCUGUCCAUUUGGGCUGUAUGCUGAACAGAUUUCGGGUACUUCCUUUACUGCUCCUCGAAAGCUCAAUCUCCGAAGUUGGCUAUAUCGUAUCAAACCAUCUGUCACGCAUGAGCCCUUCAAACCUCGUGUCCCUGGAAAUGACAAACUUAUUGCAGAAUUUAAUCAGUUCAACAGCUCUGCUAAUCCAACACAAAUACGGUGGAAGCCUGUUGAUAUUCCUGACAAUCCAACCGAUUUUGUUGAUGGUUUGCAAACUAUCUGUGGGGCAGGAAGUUCCUAUCUCCGACAUGGAUAUGCCGUUCACAUGUAAUUGGUACACUGCUAACAAAUCAAUGGACAAUUGCGCCUUUUGCAAUGCUGAUGGAGAUUUCUUAUUUGUUCCUCAGAAAGGAAGGUUAUGGCUAACAACAGAGUGUGGAAGAUUGCAAAUAUGUCCCGGUGAGGUUGCUGUUGUGCCUCAAGGAUUUCGUUUCACUGUGAGCCUGCCCGAUGGCCCAUCACGAGGUUAUGUUGCUGAGAUAUUUGGAGCACAUUUUCACCUUCCAGACUUGGGCCCUAUUGGAGCCAAUGGUUUAGCUGCAGCAAGAGAUUUUCUCGCUCCCAUUGCUUGGUUUGAGGAAGCCACCCGACCUAAUUACCUUAUCAUCCAGAAAUACGGAGGAGAAUUAUUUACUGCGAAGCAAGAUUUCUCUCCUUUCAAUGUAGUUGCCUGGCAUGGUAAUUAUGUCCCAUAUAAGUACGAUUUAAACAAGUUUUGUCCUUACAAUACUGUGUUAGUGGAUCAUGGAGAUCCCUCAAUAAAUACAGUGCUAACUGCCCCAACUGAGAAGCCUGGCGUGGCUUUACUUGAUUUUGUCAUUUUCCCACCAAGAUGGCUCGUUGCUGAACACACCUUUCGGCCUCCUUAUUAUCACCGCAACUGUAUGAGCGAGUUUAUGGGCCUGAUUUACGGUAACUACGAGGCCAAAGCUGAUGGGUUUCUACCGGGUGGAGCGAGCCUGCAUAGCUGCAUGACACCUCAUGGUCCUGAUACAAAGACUUACGAGGCUACCAUAGCACGUCAAGAAAAUGCAGGUCCCUACAAGAUAACUGAAACCAUGGCUUUCAUGUUUGAAUCGUAUCUAAUUCCUCGAGUUUGUCAUUGGGCGCUUGAGUCCCCCUUCCUUGACCGUGAUUACUACCAAUGUUGGAUCGGACUCCAGUCACAUUUUCGCAAACAGGAUUGCUCCAAGGACUUCAGUGCUGAAGCUGUCGAAUAGGCAUAGCUCCUUCAUAGAUAUACUAUACUAAACUAAUAAACAAAUCAGCUGUAAAAAUGUGUACAUAAUUUGUGAAAUGUAUUUUAGCUCGGCCAACAAAUGGAAAUCUUGUUUAUAUUUAUCUAUUAAAAGGCUUGUAUGUACUAUGUUAGUAGACAUUAGAAGUAUAAAUGACGGGUUUGAUUCUGUUACUAUUAGAGGAAGAUCGUGUGCAGGUUCCAGGCGGUUCAACUCGGAGUUGGGAAACGGAUUGUGUUGCCAAUUCUAGACUCUUGACGGAACCAAGGUCAUCCAGACUAGGUUGGGCUAGUUUACGGUGGAGGUUUGGGAAUCUAAACCAACCUUAAUUCAAACUGGUUCAAUGUCCAGGCGGUUCAAUUCGGCUGCAUUGCCCAUUCUAAGACCUUUGACGGAACCAAGGUCGUCUAGACUAGGUUGGGCUAGUUUACGGUUGAGGUUUCAGGAUCUAGACUUAAUCUGUCUUGUAUGAGACUGUCUCAUUAUGAAACAGACUCAUGAAUUAACUUAUUUCUCUAAUUAACCACUUUAAAAGUGGUAUGUGAUUAUUUUUAGUGUUAAUAUUACUAAUAAAUUGAAAAACAAUUUUAUUUACUUAAAAAAUGUUAGACAAUAUGCCAUUUGAGUUUUAAUUCUAUCAGUGUU